GAAUUGUUCGAAUCACUGUAAUCCUAAAAUAUAUGGAUUUCGGUACGUGAAUAUGGAUGUAGAGAAGUGCAAUUCGUUUCAUCUGAAAUCGGGCACUGGUUUAGCGUGUUCUGACUAGUUGUUAGGGGAGUAGUACGGUCAAUCGGAAAAGGUCUCGUUUACGUUUCCCGAGUUGUCAGAAACUUCCUGCAUCGAUGUGAAAAGAACCGAACAUGUUGACAGUGUCAAACUUGAGUAACAUUAAUCUGAAGACUUCGUCGACAUGAUUUUCUGAACGGAUUUUACAGUGCCUCGGAUAUUAUGGGGCAAGCGAAAAUGAACAAAAUAGGAAAUGUGGUUUACUCAGGGUGGCUGAUCAAGUCGCCCCCAGAGAGAAAAACAACUUGGAAAAUCUUUCGAGCGAAAUGGAAACGUCGGUUCUUUGUGCUGUUCAAGCCAUCAGGUAGCUUGCCGGGCCAGUAUGAGUUGAGUUACUUCAACGAUGAGCAUUGCAGCAAAAAGAAGGGUUCCAUCGACUUGGACCAAUGUGAACAGAUCAUCGAGUCGCUGGACUCGGACCAGUUCAACUACCUGCUGGCCAUCAAGACAUUCUGUCGCGGCAAGGAACGCACCUACUUUCUAGCUGCAGACUCAGAGGAAGACAUGACAGCCUGGGUGCGCAACCUGUGUGGUGCCUGCGACCUCAAGCAGGAAGAGAGUCCCACUGAUAUACCACCAGAGCAGCAGCAAACGCAGCAGCAGACAUCCAACUUGUCGGGAACAUCCCCACCUACAGUGUCGGCUAAUGGCAAUGCUCACCACAUAGCACCCAACGCUCACCACAUAGCAACCAGCCAGCCUGUGUCUAUCAGUGCCUCCCUGAAGACUCCCCCUGCCCCCACCAACGUCUCAACCUCCCCCUCCUACAUCCCCCUCAACACCUGCAGAAGUGGCUCUCAAAAACAGCGUCAGACGCUGCCCAAAUAUGAACGUCGAGAAAGUGUGGACAGUGUGCCUGAGGAGGUAGCGCCUCCUCCACCAGACAAGGGAGGGAAAUCCCUGGGAGUUCGGGACAGCCAGGAAGACAGUGUAUUCAUCUCUGAGGUGUACGAUGUACCACCAAAUCACAACACUGAUGACCUGUACCAGGUUCCACCUCGUCGUCCUUACGGUGGUGGGCAGAUGGAGGACUUCAGCCACGGCCUGGCGAUGACGUCCCCCCAAGACGCGGAAGCCCAAGCACCCCAGGUCCAGUGGUAUGCCCCCAAACCUCCUGAGCGGCCUGCUCCAUUAGACAGUUAUGACAUCCCUCGCUCAGGUUCCAUAGGGUCUCGUGUCACCUCUCUGAACGUGGCGCCCCCGCCACCCAAGAGCUGCAGCACCCGGAAUGUUCACAAGUACAUAAACGCUGCGGAAGGUGUGAUGCAGUCCCCGAAAACUGAUAGUGCAUAUGUGCCAAUGGACAAAUCAGACUCCACAGUGGAGACUGUGUACACAGACAUGGACGUAGUGUACACGGACAUGAAGAUGUCAGACAUGAGGAUGUCGGAGAGGAUGUCCAGUCUGUACCAAUCUCCGCCUCCAUGUCGGAUACCCCCCAGGACAAAUAGCAGCUCCGUUGUCCGAGCCCCUCCCUGUCCCAACCCAGCAUCAGCAUCGUCAUCCUCAUCAUAUGCCCCACCACCAUCACCUCCCACAGCAUCUCUGUGCAGGUUGGUACUGUCUGCAGAUUCAGAUACGUACGAGAAUCAAAUCUGGAGCUCCACUCGAACCAAGAGCUUCAAACGCAAUGAACAGAACCGGAUCAACAACCAUAGCAGUCCCAGCAAUGCCAGGAAGUCGACAUCGGUGUCGAAGCCUAUUCUGCAGCUGCCGUCGAAGUAUGACACUGUCUCCAGCUCCGAUGAGGAGGAGGAUGCUGAUGGAGGAAUUCAUCUCCCGAGGGGUAUGCGUGCUGUGCCGCCCCCGCCACAGGUGCUGGAGGACAAGGAGUUGAAAUACCUGGAUCUGGAGCUGGACGAAUACACCCAGGAGACCAACACGCGGUCCCCAUCCUCCGUCCACCUCCCUCACUCCACCCCAACCGAGUACCGCGAGAUCGACUUCGUCAAGACACAAGCUCUCAGCAACACCAAGAAGUGGAAGGAUGAGCACAUGCACCACUAGCCCCUGGCUGCUGACGGGUUCUCCACCAGUAGAACCAAGUGUCAUGUGACUGGACCUGGCUGCUGACAGGUUCUUCACCAGUAGAACCAAGUGUCAUGUGUCCAUAUACCAGCAACGUGCAUAGAACUUGAAACAUGAAGUCCACAGCAUCAACCUGUGAACAUAUGGCUGCUUAAAGGAAUUAGUCGUGUAAAUACCCCAAAUCUGUAAUUAAAAUGUCUUGCCAGUCAGGAUAAAAUCAAUGAGACUCAAGUUAACCAAAUUGGAGGCAUUAUAAUUUUCAUGAACUUACAGUCAUUAUGUUCAGUUGUACAUUAUACACCCUAGCAAAUUGUAAAUAUACGUCUUUGUGUUGCGUACAAAUGAAAUGAAACUGUGGAAGUCAAAGUAUGCGUCGGCCAUGUUAGUUCAGUAAGUACUGUAUAGACCGUCUCACUUGUUACUCUUAGUACUGCACAUUUGUUCAUAGUUUUCAUACAUAAUAUUAAUAUAUGAUAUCUUGCACUUGUUAUGUUCAUCGCAGCUUGUUUUGGGCUGUGGAUAGGAACAGAUUGAUGUCCUACAUCACUUUGUCAAAAUCAAAAAGUGCUUCAACAUCAGUUUUAUGGUUUUAGAGAUAGUACUUACAUUUUACAGAAAUGUGCUCAACGUGUAAUUGCUGUAGUGAAGUGUUGUUGCCAAUCAACCAUGACAUGCUGGUACAUUGUUAAAAUAGGAUGACUAUCAGAUGUAUUUGUGUACUGUGAUAUCACUAUAAUGGCUAGCUUCAAUCACAUUUGUAGCUACUUUUUGAUAUUUUACUUUUCCAAUGUUUUGAUAGUACUUUUGCUUCUACAUCAGUUUGAGAAAGACCAGUACUUUUAUCUCAUAUACGAUCUCUCUUCUUUUUGACUAAAUUUGCUGACUGUAGUCCAAAUGGAAUUGAACCUAGGGCUAGUCCAGGGCAUCACGAGACUUGAAAGUUACUGUGGAGAAGUUGUGGACACUUGCAGAUUGUCCCUCUGUUUAGUACAGGGAGCUGAAAGCAUGCCUUGUUUGAGAAGAUGCCGUGUUAUGACCACAAUUUUAAACUUUUACUGGACUCCCAGGGGUGGAAAUAACCCAUUGCCUGACGUCCAAGUACAGUGGGGUUUUUUUCAAGUCGGGCAAGCAAAUGUGUAUAUUACGCUGUACCAAUGUCCAGUUUACUUUCAUAUGUUAAUUAUGUUGUUUAUUU